AUUUUCUUUACAAUGAAUAUUACCGAUCUUAAUCAAGAGUGCUUGCUACAUCUUUUCUCAUUCUUGGAUAAACACAGUCGCUGGAACCUUUCUCUUACCUGUUUACGUCUUCGAGAGGCGUUCCUGGACCCUCAGCUGUGGUCUUUGCUUAACUUUUUCUCCCCUUGUGAACUGAGGAGGAAUAAUUUCAUUCUAGGCCCAUGUCUGAGAUAUCUGAAUAUAUGCUGGCAUUCCAGCAGGGUCAAAGUGUGUAACAUUGAAGACUGGAUGAAGACAACAUUUCAGAGAGACCUGUGCAGCAAGCAUGAAAGUCUGGUCAGUCAUUUUCUGGAGCGAGUCUGCUACACGUGUCCAAACUUGGUGUCCCUCACCCUGUCUGGUUGUGGACACAUCACAGACAGUGACAUUAUCAAUGUGCUGAAGAACUGCAAACGUCUCCAGCGACUGUGUUUAGAGAAUUGCUGUCGUGUGACAGAUGCUGUUCUACAGGCAGUGGUUACAUAUGGAGGCUGUCUGCAGGAGGUGAGGGUGGAUUUCUGCAGAAAUGUCACACACAAAGGACUGCAGGUCAUUAGAGAGAAAAGGCCUGAUGUACGACUGGGUGCUGAGCGAAGUGCCGAAAUGAUUCCAGACACUCAACCAGAGGAGAAACUGCACAUCCGGAGGGCACUGCAGAAAAUCCUUAUAUUUUCCUGACGAGCAAGAGCUGACUGAAUGUUUUGAAGAUGAGCUAAAGAAAAGCAUUAUUAAAUCUGUAAUGUUAACAUCAUUUUAACACAACCUUUUAAGCUACUGGAUGAUAAGGUGGCACCAGGGUCUGGGGAUCUGGCUUUGAUUAUCACCCCUAGUUAUUGUCCCAUUUUUUCCAGAGUUCCUCCCAGAUUUGUCUAGAAUUUUGGCUUUAAAACUCUUUUUUUUUUUUUUUAUUGUGGGUUUUCUGUAAAUCC